CAGGAAAGCGCGUAUAUGAGGCUGUGUUUUGCAGAUGCGGGUCCACCACAAUCAUCACAUGAUGUGGAUUUCCGCUUUGACACAUUUUACUCUUGGCUGCACAGCGGGGCCGGGCCACACAGUCAGAGCUGCUGCGGCAGGACAGGAUGGUGCUUUGAGGACUACUCCACCAUGCAGUCCACCAUGAAUUCCAAUGGGCUUCAACGCCAGGGCAGUCAAGAGAUUGUGGAUAACACUCACAGGAAGAAACGUUCUCUGUGGUCCCGACGUUCCCUGAGGGGGAACAAUGAUCGACACCGGCAGAACACAAGCUCACUGCCCCGAGACUGCAAGCCCAAACGAACCAACUCACUGGUCGACUACUCUGACCCACAAAGGACAACAAUUGUACUGGAAAAGCAAGACAAUGAAACAUUCGGGUUUGAAAUUCAGACCUACGGACUGCAGCUGAAGAACAUCUCUGCAGUGGAGAUGUGCACUUCUGUGAGCAACGUGCAGGAGGACAGUGCUGCAGAGAGCGCAGGCCUGACCGCAGGCGAUGUGAUCGUCACCAUCAACGGGGUCAGUAUCGAAGGGUUGUCUCAUCAGGACAUACUUGCUCUGAUAAGAGAAUCAACCAACAGUCUGAUGAUGGAGACUGUAUGUGGGAACGUGGUGAAGCAGAUAGAGCUGGAGAAGAGGGUGAACCUGCUCAAGCAAUCACUACAUGAGAAACGGGUGGAGCUGCAAGUGCUGACAUUACAGGAAAAACGUCUGAUGCGAGGUAACUUGAACGACAGCAGCUUCCACCUCUCCACAGACUCCUCUUUGAGCUCCCCCACAGGCCGCACACAUGGCCGGCGUUUUUCCAGUGACAGUAGCUACAGGAGUGCUGCGACUGAUGACAGUGACCAGGUCAGCGUGUUUGGGGACAUGUGCUCCCCCAGCCCCUGCAGUGCAGCCAGCACCACAGACGACAGCUGCUUCUUCUCCAGAGAUUUCCACUCGAAGGACAGCUCCAGCAGGUUCUCACUGAGCUCCGGCCAUCAUCACCACCACCAACAUUCCAUCGGCCGCUCCAGCAGCUCCAGCUUCGACGGCAGCAGCAGCUCCCUCUCUCCCUCGUGGGAUGAGACGAGGAUCACCUCCUUGUUUGGGACCCUGCCCAGGAAAAGCCGGCGAGCCAGUGUUCGCAAACACAUCCUCAAGUUGAUUCCUGGACUCCAGCGAUCAGUUGAGGAGGAUGAGACAAACACUCAGUGACUUGUUGUUCACACGCUCCUCGUCUCCUCUACAUACUAACAAGGGUUUUCAUGCUCAAAAAGGUUCUUUAAAAAUCAUAAGCAUUGGCUUUAAUGGAGACAGACAUUGUGAAGGGUCUCCUGAACUUUUGAGAUGAGCCUGGCACAAAAGCAUUAUGAAACUGUGAAGUGUUUGAAUUAAGGUUUGCAUCAGAUUGUAAUGUCUAAAAAACAAAAUUAUUUACCCACAUAACUUUAAUAAAUGUUUUUUCUCAUGUCCUAAUCACAGUUUGUAACUAGAAAGCAUUCAGUACAGCACAAUCCUCUGCCAAGGCCAACAGUCAACUGUCCCCCCCAGACUGUGUCCUUCCACCAAGUUGUAUCUUGCUUGCAAACAAACAAACAAAUGGACCAGGGUGAAAACAUAACCUCCUUGGUGGAGGUAAAAAUCACCUUGGAUUUUAAAAUGUGACUAUUGUGACUUGUAUAAAUGAGAAUGACUAUUUUUACAAAGCCCGCGUUGACGUCUGCUCAGCUCAAAACAGGAUGUGGGUAUGGGUACAACUUACCUGUUUUCAUUUCUAAAAUUAUUUUCAUACGCCUCACUUUCGUUGGUCGGAAGAACUGAAACUGCUUCUUGUAAAUGUAUAUGUUUCACAUUUGAGUGUAAAGUAAAUGAUUGACUCAUUCUGUAGCAUUUUUACACACGACCAUGAUGCAAAAUAUUUGUAAAUGCAUUCAAACAUAAUAUACUUGUUAAGUUUUA